CGCGAGAGUCCAGACCCCAAGCCCCGCGAUCCCCAUGGCCUCCGGCGAGGGCACCGGAGGCUCGAAGGCCGCAGAGGCCGGCGGCGAGGCGGAGAUGGAGGUGCAGGAGUCGGAGCUGUGCCUCGACCUCACGAGUUGCCAGCUGCACGAUCUGAGCGAGGUGGAGAUCCCGUCCACCCUGGAGGAGCUCGACCUCACGGCGAACCGCCUCGCCGCGGUGGACCCCCGCAUCGGCCACCUCACCGCCCUCCGCAAGCUCUCCUUCCGCCAGAAUCUCCUCGAAGACCACGCCGUCGCGCCCCUCUCCACCUGGGAUGCCAUCGCCGGGUUACAGGAGCUGGUCCUUAGAGAUAACAAGCUUACAAAGAUCCCCGAUGCCAGCAUCUUCAAGAGUCUUCUGGUCUUUGAUGUUUCUUUCAAUGAGAUACCGUCCUUAAAUGGGUUAUCUAAAGUUUCCAGCACAGUGAAAGAACUCUAUGUUUCAAAGAAUGAAGUUGCCAAGAUGGAAGAGCUUGAACAUUUCCAUUCAUUAGAAAUGCUUGAACUUGGUAGCAACAGACUAAGGGUGAUGGAAAAUCUGGAAACGUUGACAAAUCUGCAAGAGUUAUGGCUUGGAAGAAACCGAAUCCGGACAAUUAACUUGUGCGGUUUGAAAUCAAUCAAGAAAAUAAGCUUACAAAGUAACAGGCUGACUGCAACGAAUGGGUUACAGGAAUGUGUUGUGUUAGAGGAACUGUACCUCAGCCAUAAUGGAAUCCAAAGGAUGGAAGGUCUUUCUACCCUGCAGAACCUUCGUGUUUUAGAUGUUUCAUCUAACAAGCUAACCGCCGUGGAAGAUAUAGAAACAUUAACCAGGUUAGAGGACUUGUGGUUGAAUGACAACCAAAUACCAUCACUGGAUGGGAUAGAAUCUGCUUUGUCUGGUUCACGAGAGACGCUAACAACCAUAUAUCUUGAGAGAAAUCCUUGUGCAAAAGCUCCAAACUAUUCAUCCAUAUUGAAGAAAAUAUUUCCAAAUCUUGAGCAAAUUGAUUCGGAUAUGCUAACAUGAAGCAAUCUGGCUCACUUGGCAGAUUGUUAAAGGUAGUUAAAUUAUCAGGUGCGGUGCUUAUAUAGGAGGAAUUUGUCAGCAUUCGGCAGUCAUCCAGUUCAGAACAGAAAAUAUAAGCUCUUGGUCAAGCAAUGCUGCAGUUUUGUACUAGUUAUCUGGGGGAAAUAUCAGAUGAUAUCACACUUCACAUGAUGCCAUGUUACCGCAUCUCAAAAUUCGAAGUUUCAAGUGUCUAUUUUUUUGAAAACAAAUGUGAGCGUUCACAAGAUGUGUGUUUACGGAAAAACCAAAAAGACAAAUCGAAAUGGGAACAGUGUCUUUUGUGCUUUGCA